AUGUUUUAUUUUCUCUUAAUAACGUUAUUAAUUUUUGGUUCUCUUAUUUACUUCUAUCUCACGUGGAAUUUUGAUUAUUGGCAGAAGAGAAGUGUUAACGGUCCGAAACCUUACCCUCUUCUCGGUUCAUAUCCCAACCUGUUGCUACGACGUCAACACUUUGGUGAUGAUUUACAUGACAUUUACAAAUGCUACAAAAUGACCGACAACUAUGUGGGAACCUUUUUGUUGCGCACGCCAACUUUACUGGUCAUCGAUCCACAAAUUGUACACGAGAUCUUCGUAACGGCAUUUAGACAUUUCGAUGAUAAUGACGUCGGCAAGUUGAUCGAUACAGCAAAGGAUCCGCUGAUAUCAAAAAAUCCCUUCAUAUUAAUCGGCGAUGAAUGGCAAUUACAGCGCUCGUUAAUAACUCCAGCUAUGACCAGUUCUCGACUUAAACAAUCCUAUCACGACAUGUCUGAUAUUUGUCAACAAAUGGCAAAAUUUAUUGGCCAAAAAGGUUUUCAGGAAAUCAAUGGAAAAGAGCUGGCAUUGCGAUUCACAGCCGAAAGUUUAAGUAGCUGUGUUUUGGGUAUAAAAGCCAAUAGUUUUACAGAUCAUCCACUACCGAUUUCCGAAAAUGUUAAUAAAUUUGCCAGCGAAAAUAUAGCAUUUACCAUAUUUACCCUACUGACCGGUCUAAUGCCAAUUAUUUUGCGUAUUUAUAAAAUGAAAUUUUUUCCAAAAGAUUGUGAACGAUUUUUUAUAAAUCUAAUGGAACGUGCAUAUAAGUUACGCAAAGCGGAAUCAAAUGGUGCAACGGAUAUUUUGGAAUAUUUAAUGAAAAUUCAAGAAUUACAAAAACUCAAGGAUGUGGAUUUAUAUUCGCACACAAUGACAUUUUUAAUCGAUGGUUUGGAUACAACGGCAACUGUAAUUUCGCACUGUUUAUUGAUGCUAGCAUUGGAACCGAAAUGCCAGGAUAUAUUAUUUCAAGAAGUAUGUCGAUCUGCAGAUAAUAAUGGAGAAAUCACAUUUGCGAAACUGAAUGAAAUGCCUUACUUAGAGGCUUGUAUUCAUGAAUCCCUGCGGAUCUAUCCACCCGGCUUAUGGUCAACAAAAUGUUGUACACGACCCUAUCAAUUUCGAAAUAAGGAUGGCAGUAUUCUCUGUCUUGAGAAAGGUGAUUCUCUCAUAAUCCCCAUUUAUGCCCUUCAUCAUGACAAGGAAUAUUAUGACGAACCGCAUAAAUUUAAACCGGAACGAUUUCUAAAUGAAAAUGGUGAAUGUGAUGUAAAACAUUAUCGAGAUCAUGGUGUAUUUCUGGGUUUUGGUGAUGGACCACGUACAUGUUCGGGUAUGCGUUUUGCUUUGGUCCAGUGUAAGGCAGCUAUAUCGUCAUUGGUUAAAACUUUUCACAUUAAAUUAAAUGCGAAAACUCGUAAAGAAUUUAAAUUAGAUCCGACAAAUUUUCUAGCACUACAUGCGGGAGGAGUGUGGCUGGACUUUGAACGGCGUGCAUAA